AUAUUCGAGUUCACCACACUGACCCUCCAUCUAGGGUUUUUUCACCGCUACUAUUGUCAACAAACGUGGCAUCAGCACUUACGUACGCUUUUCUUGUUCGCUAUUCCUUUUCCCUCCCACAUAUUCGCGACCCAUUUUAUUUUUCACAUUUUUCUAUAAAAUUUUCUUUUAUUAGAACAUCAAUCAAUUUCAUCGGGGUGGUUAAACAAUGGUGGAUUCUUCAGACCGAAUCCAAAACCCAUGGAUGGCUUCCGAACAACAAACUCCAAUUCAAAUUAUCCAAAAUCAUAAUAAUCCUAAAUCAUCAACUAUUGACAAAUUAGGGAUUGCUGAACGCGCUUUCUCCGCCGCCGGCGCCGCCUUUCUCUCCGCCGUCAUUGUCAAUCCCCUCGAUGUUGCCAAGACAAGGUUGCAAGCACAAGCUGCAGGGGUUGCUUAUUCUCAUCCUCUCAGUAAUCUCAUCAGUAGAAUGUCAUGUUUUGGUCCAAAUAUGAUGUUUGCUGAUUUAAGAUGUUCUCCAUCAUGUACUCGGGCUGGACUCCAUGGAACAGUAUCACUUUGUCCUCCCGAUUGUUUUCGGUACAAAGGAACACUCGAUGUUAUUUGUAAAAUUAUACAACAGGAAGGCUUUACUAGGCUAUGGAGGGGCACAAAUGCUGGUCUGGCUCUUGCAGUACCAACUGUUGGAAUUUACCUUCCUUGCUAUGACAUAUUCCGGAACUGGUUCGAGGAAUUCACAGCCAAAAGUGCUCCAACUGCAACACCAUAUGUACCUUUGGUGGCUGGUUCGUUGGCACGCUCACUGGCUUGUGCAACUUGUUAUCCUAUUGAACUUGCCCGAACUCGUAUGCAGGCAUUUAAAGAGACUCAAGUUGGCAAGAAGCCACCUGGAGUAUUCCAGACUUUGGUAGGUGUUGUCUCCAAUGGCAAGGGCACAAAUAUUCCAUCGAACAGUUUGCAAAGUUAUCGUGUCCUGUGGACUGGCAUGGGUGCACAACUUGCCCGUGAUGUACCAUUCUCUGCGAUUUGUUGGUCAACACUUGAGCCUACUAGAAGAAAACUUCUUAGUUUGGUCGGAGGAGACGAUGCCGGUAUAUUGAGUGUUCUUGGCGCAAAUUUUUCAGCUGGUUUUGUUGCAGGAACUCUAGCGGCUGGAGCUACAUGUCCACUAGAUGUUGCAAAAACUCGUAGGCAGAUAGAGAUGGAUCAUGUCAGAGCAUUGAAAAUGACCACGAGACAGACACUGAUGGAGAUCUGGAGAGAUGGAGGUUUGAAAGGACUUUUUACCGGUUUUGGUCCGCGAGUUGGUCGAGCCGGCCCCUCUGUUGGAAUUGUCGUUUCAUUUUAUGAAGUUGUAAAGUUUGUCCUAAAUCACCGGCAAACAACAUCAUGACCAGGUGAAUAUUGUGGAUAUUUUUGUUUUUUACCGAAGUGGCUUUGUUGUGAGAACCUCUGGAUACUGCACUGCUAGUUUUUUGAUGGAAAGGAAGCUAUUCCAGUCUGUUUCUGAUCAUGAAUCAACGUUCAUGAAUAGGAAAAAAAAUAACCAGUAUAGGACAACACCUCCUAAUUUAGGUUUUUGAGCCUUUUUGGGUUUUUUGCCUUUGACUAAAAGAGGUCAAUUUUGUUACAAUUGGGAUUCUUCCCAAGAGCAAAUUUUGAAUAAAAUUUUAGUUAUUUGGAAAACAUCAGCAUUGCACUUGGCUAUGUAUACACUCAGGGAAUGUUAACUUAAUUGUUGAUUCUGUAUAUACUUUUCGUUAAGCUACUAUUAUGUUAUUGAUAGAAACAAUAGGUGUAUUUGGAUAAUUUGUGCGGCCACUUGAGAUUUGAGAACUUAGAGAAAGGAAAUAUGAAUUGUUGGGUGCUUGAGUCAUUA